AUCUGUGGAUCCAGAGCAGCAGCUGCUACAGCUCUUGGCUCAGUGUGUGGUGACAGUCUGCUCUGAAGAUGGCAGCCAGGGGGCUCUGGGGCGGCCUCAGCCUGCUCCGAGUGCUAUGGUGUCUCCUCCCGCAGACAGGCUACGUGCACCCUGAUGAGUUCUUCCAGUCACCUGAGGUCAUGGCAGAGGACAUCCUGGGCUUACAGGCCACACGGCCCUGGGAGUUUUACCCCAGCAGCUCCUGCCGGACAGUGGUCUUCCCACUGCUGACUUCUGGUUCUACCUUCUGGCUGCUCAGGCUCUGGGAAGAGCUGGGGCUCCGGCCUGGCCGGGUGAGUGGCUAUGCACUCCUGGUGGGGCCCCGGCUCCUUCUCACUGCCCUCUCCUUUGCCUUGGACGGGGCCGUGUACCACCUGGCCCCACUGUGGGGGGCAGAUCGUUGGAACGCCCUUGUCCUGCUGUCUGGUUCCUACGUCAUCCUGGUCUUCUACACAAGGACUUUCUCCAAUGCCAUCGAGGGACUGCUCUUCACGUGCCUGCUGAUGCUGGUGUCCCCCCAGGCAGCACGGAGCCACACACCCAAGAUGCCUGCUCCAGGUCCUCGGUGGCACAGCUGGCUUCUUGGCAGCAUCGUGGCUGCUGGCUUCUUCAACCGGCCCACCUUUCUGGCAUUUGCUCUGGUCCCCCUCUUCCUCUGGGGCUCUCGGGGAGCCAUGAACCCUGGCUUCAAGUCCCUGAUCUGGGAGGCCCUGCUGCUGCUCCCAGGGAUGGCCCUCACUGCAGUGGUGUUUGUGGCCUCGGACAGCUGGUACUUCUCCAGCCUCUCUGGAUCCAGCACCCUAGUGCUUACGCCUGUUAACUUCUUGCACUACAACCUGGAUCCCCACAAUCUGGCAAAGCAUGGCACACACGCGCGGCUCACUCACCUGGCAGUCAACGGUUUCCUGCUCUUUGGGGUACUGCAUGCGCAGGCCCUGUGGUCUGCAUGGCAACAGCUACAAGUCUGCCUCCAGGCCUUUGCCCAGGUGGGCCUCCGAAGGAGGCUAGGUGCACAUGGCUCGCUGUCCAGCCCCAGGUCUAGCCUCCUCCUCCUGUACUUCACACCCCUGGCCCUGUUGUCUGCCUUUAGCCAUCAGGAGGCUAGGUUCUUGAUCCCCCUCCUGGUCCCUGUGGUCCUGCUCUGCAGUCCACGGACACAGCCUGUGCCCUGGAAGGGGGCUCUGGUCCUUUUCAAUGUCCUAGGUGCCCUCUUCUUUGGCUGCCUGCAUCAGGGGGGCCUGGUGCCCAGCCUGCGGUACCUGGAGCAAGUGGUCCACACACCUGUGCUCCCGAGCAUGCCCACCCACUACACACUCCUCUUCACCCAUACCUACAUGCCCCCCCAACACCUCCUCCACCUCCCAAGCCUGGGCUCUCCUGUGAAGGUGGUAGACAUGGGUGGGACCGAGGACUGGGUCCUAUGCCAAGCCCUCAACAAUCUCACUAGACAACCAGCCUGCCAAGGGGCCGGGGGACCGUGGCUCUGCCGCCUCUUUGUGGUGACCCCUGGCACCACGAGGCGUGCCGUGGAGAAGUGCAGCUUCCCCCUCAAGAAUGAGACACUCAUAUUUCCCCACUUGACCCUGGAGGAUCCACCAGCCCUGUCAUCUCUGCUGAGUGGGGCCUGGAGGGACCACCUCAGUCUCCACAUCGUGGAGCUGGGAGAGAAGCCUGACAACACAGCAGAGCAGCCACUGCCCAGGAUUCGGCCAUAA